AUGAAGCGGCUACUCAAAGCACGGUUUUUACCACCGGAUUUUGAGCAACGACUAUUCCAGCAAUACCAAGAAUGUCGACAAGGAGGUCGAACCAUCCAGGCGUAUGUUGAUGAUUUCUAUCGCCUAUCCGCCCGGAAUGAUCUCAUGGAGACAGAAGAUCAACAAGUUGCAAGGUUUAUUGGUGGACUGCGUGUAGCAAUACAAGAUAAAGUCUCUAUGCAUCCUGUCUUUACUUUGAACGAGGCAGUUAGCUUGGCAACUCGAGCCGAGAAGCAAUUGGAGCGGCCUAGAGCACCAACUUGGGAGCGAAACUCGAGCAAUUCAACGAGAGCAACACAAGGUCGGGGAAAGCAAUCUCUAGUUCUGACGGUCACACCAAGUCAACCAGUGACUUCCAUGGGAAAAGGAGCCAGUAGCAGUUCAAACAUCCCGAGACAACCAUCCAACAAUCCGUAUGCACGGCCCGGUCCAGACAAGUGUUUCAAAUGCAACCAACCAGGACAUAGAUCUCAUCCAUGUCCCCGGAGACAAAUGGUAAACUUGAUCGAACCUGAGCCAAAAGAAGGAUCCGAGCAUGGAGAUGAUGAUACACCCGAAUAUGAGGAAGAGGAGUGGGUUGACGCUGAUGAGGGAAUCCUACUUUCCCGAUCCUUAGUAAUUCAACGUUUACUCUUGACCUCGAGGCAAGAAGAUCAAUCCCAAAGGCACAAGAUUUUUCGUACUCGCUGCACAGUCAACCAAAGGGUAUGUGAUGUGAUUAUUGAUGGUGGUAGUAGGGAGAAUGUAGUGUCAAAGGAGAUGGUAUCGAAGUUGGGUUUGAAAACUGAGAAGCACCCUGCUCCAUACAAGAUCGGAUGGAUCAAGCGAGGAACCGAGACACUAGUAACCGAGAGAAGUCGUUUCACAUUCUCAAUCGGUAAACAUUACUCAGAUUCUAUUUUAUGUGAUGUUGUGGAGAUGGACGCAUGCCACUUAAUCCUGGGAAGACCUUGGCAAUUUGAUGUGGAUGCCCAGCACCAAGGAAGGGCUAAUGUUUACAUUAUCUUUCGGGAUGGUCGGAAGAUAAUAUUUCGACCCUUACAAGAAGUCGAAAAUUCAACUCAUUCCAAGGGUAAGCCGGUCCUCCUAUCCACUGGUUCAGAAUUUAUAGAAGAAGUUAAGGAGGCCCGAGACAUCGUAGCAUUGGUGACUAAGGGAACGCCGAAUUCCGUCUCACAAGAAGUUCCCAAGAUAAUGCAACCGAUAUUAGAAGAAUUUCGAGACAUCAUGCCUGAAGAGAUGCCCGAAGGCCUGCCACCCAUGAGAGAUAUCCAACACUGUAUUGACUUAGUGCCAGGAGCAAGUCUCCCAAACUUUCCACACUAUCGAAUGAGCCCAAAGGAGAAUGCUAUUUUGCAAGAGCAGGUAGAUGGGUUAAUUUAG